UGCGCUGACUCUUGAUAUUAUUUGUGCCCGUCAUUCUCCGGCAGCGACAAACAUUUCAAAGUUUCGCACUAUUCCAGUCUCCGAAUAAAUUACCAUGUUGAACAACUACAACAGCCUGGCACAGCCCAUGUGGCAGAACGGACCCGCUCCCGGCGCGUUCUACAACUUCACGGGCGGACAGACGCCGGUCCAGCAGCUGCCGCGCGAGCUGACCACAGUGGGACCCUAUGGAACCAAGCACAGCACUGCUUCCAGCACCACGGGCACCUCCGUGCUGGGCAUUCGCUACGAUUCAGGCGUGAUGCUCGCCGCCGACACCCUUGUGUCCUACGGAUCCAUGGCACGCUACCAGAACAUUGAGCGCGUCUUCAAGAUAAACAAGAACAUCCUGCUCGGCGGCAGCGGCGACUUCGCUGACAUCCAGUCCAUCAAGCGCAACAUCGACCAGAAGAUGAUCGAGGACCAGUGCUGCGACGACAACAUUGAGAUGAAGCCCAAGUCCUUGGCCAGUUGGAUGACCCGUGUGCUCUACAACCGUCGUUCGCGCAUGAACCCCCUCUACAUUGACGUGGUUGUCGGCGGCGUGGACAACGAGGGAACUCCGUACCUGGCCAAUGUGGAUCUCCGUGGACGCUCCUACGAGGACUACGUGGUGGCCACUGGUUUUGCCCGCCAUCUGGCCAUUCCGCUGGUCCGUGAGAAGAAGCCCAAGGACAGGGACUUUACCGCCGUAGAAGCCUCCGAACUGAUCCGCACAUGCAUGGAGGUGCUUUACUACCGCGAUACUCGUAACAUUUCCCAAUACACUGUGGGCGUAUGCAGCGUCAACGGAUGCGGCGUGGAGGGGCCCUUCCAGGUUAACGAAAACUGGACAUUCGCCGAAACCAUUAAGGGAUACUAGAGUCUCCGAUUCUGAAUGAACUUAGUUUAGGUCUAGCUCGGCGGUUUUGCAUUGAAAAACCACUUCUCUAAGGAUAUGUGGUUACAUGAUUUAUUAAAAAUAAAUGUGUCUGAAAAUAAUA